AUGAAAUAUGCUGAAACAAUCUUUAAAUAUGCUGAAAAUAUAAUGGUUGUAAAGUUUCUGUGCGAGAGAGUGCCACUAUGGUUUUUAUCAUUAUUGCUUCGAGUGUUUGCCAAAAUAUUUUUCGAAGAAUUUCUCAAUAAACAGCCUGAAUUCGUUGUUCCACAUAAUUCAUUUCGUCGGCUUAUUGAUGGUAUUCAUAUGCGGAAACAUGGUUUAUCACCAUAUGAUGGUGAUAUGUUACAUUGUCAGCCAGUGCUUUUAGAUUUGUUUGAACCGGUUAUAGACCAUCCUAAUGUGGUUCUUGGUUUAUUUAUUAUUUUGGAUACUUUAACUGCUGAAGUAUUGAAUUUCAUAGCAAUUACGCAUUUGAGAGCGAAUGGAGAUUCGAAAUCAGAGGAAGAAAAACUGCGAAUUUCAUCCUUCAUUAUGAAAUUCUAUCUUCUAAAUCCAGUCGCGAUUGGUUCAUGUGCUAUUUCAAGUUUAUCGGUUUUAAAUAAUUUUCUUGUUUCGGUUUUCAUUAUGUCAUUCGUAAAAGGUUGGAUAUUAAACUGCUCUAUUUUACUGUCAUUGCUUGUUCAUUUUUCUCUUUAUCAGUUUAUUUAUAUUGUUGCAUUAUUCGUUAGAUUUCCGAUUGCGAAGAAAAUAUUAUUGUUUUUGGCUACGUUUAUUAUUUCUUUUUUCGGAAUGGUAAUAAUAAAUUACUGUUCAGACGGUGGAUUUGAUUAUAUCAAUUCUACAUUUAUGUUCCAGUUAGAAGUUCGCGAUCUGUCACCAAACUUGGGUAUUUUUUGUUACUGCAAAAAUAGGAUUUGCAGAUCAAAUUCCUUCUUAUUGUUAUAUCAGUUUUUAAUCCUUGUUUCCGUAUUUUCAUCGUAUCCAACUGUAUCUGAUAACCUUAUUUACUUAUGUUUGCUGCCAGUUUUCAUCAGUUUACAUAAAUAUCUCCGAUGGGAACUGAUAAUUGGUGGGACAAUGGUUUCAUGCCUUAUACUCGCGCCUAUAAUGUGGCGAAUGUGGGUAACAACUGGGUCGGGAAAUGCGAAUUUUUAUUUCGCAAUUGCGCUGUGCUAUUCUGUAGCUCAGAUUUUAUUACUUACGGAUCUGUUAUAUGCAUUUGUGCGUCAAGAAGCGAACAAGAAUCGUAAUUUGACUGAAACAGAUAAUGUAUCAUUGUUUGUUCUCAAAUGA